AUGGCUGCAGGUUAGACCCAGUUUUCUGAACUUGAAAAACACUUUUUUUCAGAAACCAUAAAGGAAUUGUUUGAAAAAUAUUCCAAGGCAGUGUACGCUAAGAAAUUCGAUGAAGUAUGAAAGCUGUAGCUUUCAAGCCAGAAAAAAACGUUUUAAGGUCCUCGGAUAUUACGAUGACGACGCGGUCCUCAUCGAGAAGGGAAAGUCCUGUCACUAUGGUCCUAAAGGUACUUUUUCCAAUUUUUCCAGAAAAGUAUUGGAAAAUGACAAAAAUUAAAGAAAGUUUCUUUCAAAGUUAAAAAUAUGGAAAUUUCACGAUUUCAAGAAAAUUUUUCAACACUUUCAGCUAUCAUCGAAGCCAUCAAGGCUUAUCAUGAAAAGCUGGGAAAAACGACUACUGAGGUUUGUUUUUGACGGGAGAGCUCAAUUUUUUUCAUCCUUACCUUGAAAGGUCUCAACGGGCAUCGGAAAGAUGAGAAAAAUUAAAUUUUUAAGUUUAGGAUGUAUUCAAAAAGUCAGGGCCCCGUUGCUGUUGUUUAUUUUCGAAAAGUUUUCAAAACUUGAAAUAGAAGACCUUUUUUGUCAACCUUGAAAAGAAAACUUUAACUUGAAGGUCUCAAUUCUAAUUUUCCAGAACUUCAACGAGAAAUUUGAUAAUAACGGCGGCUACUACAUCUACGACUGCAAUUAUAGAGUAAGUCUCUUCAAAUGGAAAAAAAGUUUGAUGAGUAAAUAGCUGAAGACGCAAACGACCAACGAAGUUCUUGUCGGCAGCUACAACCAAAUUUGGAAGAAGAUGGGCGACGACUUCAAAAUCAUUCGCGACGAGUUCACCAUCGAUUCUCAAAAGGCUCUCUGA